CCCCUCCCCGGGACUCCCCCCACCGCCACCACCGCCACCACCGCCACCUCUCCACACGUGACGGAGCGGCCCCGAAGGGGGCACCCCCCUCCCUUUUCUCUCUCUCCCCCCGUCCCCCCCCUUCCCCUACCCUCCGCCGCCCGGCCCCGACGCCGGGGCGGAGCUCGGGGUGCGGGGCUCGGGGCUCGGGGGGCCGGGGAGCGCCCGUGGGUGCCCGUCCGAUGCCGGGCGGCUGCGGGGCACCAUGCAGAAGAGCGUGCGGUACAACGAGGGGCACGCCCUGUACCUGGCGCUGCUGGCCCGCAAGGAGGGCACCAAGCGCGGCUACCUGAGCAAGAAGGCGGCCGAGGCCAGCCGCUGGCACGACAAGUGGUUCGCCCUCUACCAGAACGUGCUCUUCUACUUCGAGAGCGAGCAGAGCGCCCGGCCCGCCGGCAUGUACAUGCUGGAGGGAUGCAGCUGCGAGCGGGCGCCCGUCCCCAAGGGAGCCGCCGCCGGCAGCGCCAGGGAGGCGGCGCUGGACAAGCAGUAUUACUUUACUGUUCUAUUUGGCCAUGAAGGGCAGAAGCCACUGGAGCUCCGUUGUGAGGAUGAAGUUGAUGGAGAUGAAUGGGUAGAAGCUAUUCACCAAGCUAGUUAUUCAGAUAUUCUGAUUGAAAGGGAGGUACUGAUGCAGAAGUACAUUCAUCUUGUGCAAAUUGUAGAGACUGAGAAAAUUGCAGCCAAUCAACUUCGACAUCAGCUUGAAGAUCAAGACACAGAAAUUGAAAGACUUAAAUCUGAGAUUAUAGCUCUCAAUAAAACAAAAGAAAGAAUGCGACCUUAUCAAGGCAACCAGGAAGAUGAGGAUCCAGAUAUUAAAAAAAUUAAAAAGGUUCAGAGCUUUAUGCGGGGCUGGCUAUGCAGAAGAAAAUGGAAGACUAUUGUCCAAGAUUAUAUUUGUUCUCCUCAUGCAGAAAGUAUGAGAAAAAGGAAUCAGAUUGUUUUUAACAUGGUUGAGGCUGAAUCUGAAUAUGUGCAUCAACUUUAUGUUCUUGUGAACUGUUUUCUGAGGCCCUUAAGAAUGGCUGCAAGUUCAAAGAAGCCACCUAUCAGUCACGAUGACGUCAGUAGUAUUUUCCUCAACAGUGAAACAAUCAUGUUUCUUCAUGAAAUAUUUCACCAAGGUUUAAAAGCAAGAAUAGCUAAUUGGCCUACCUUAAUUCUAGCUGACUUAUUUGACAUUCUGCUGCCAAUGCUGAACAUAUAUCAAGAAUUUGUUCGGAAUCAUCAAUAUAGUCUACAAGUACUGGCAAACUGUAAGCAAAACAGAGAUUUUGACAAACUCUUGAAGCAAUAUGAAGCCAACCCAGCAUGUGAGGGGCGAAUGCUGGAAACUUUCCUUACUUACCCCAUGUUUCAGAUCCCUAGAUAUAUUAUAACACUGCAUGAACUUCUGGCUCACACACCACAUGAACAUGUUGAACGAAAGAGCCUUGAAUUUGCUAAAUCUAAACUGGAAGAACUUUCAAGGGUGAUGCAUGAUGAAGUGAGUGACACAGAAAACAUCCGGAAGAAUCUAGCCAUAGAAAGAACAAUUGUAGAAGGCUGUGAUAUUUUACUAGAUACUAGCCAAACUUUUAUACGCCAAGGUUCCCUUAUUCAAGUCCCUUCAGUUGAGAGGGGAAAACUUAGUAAAGUUCGUCUGGGAUCAUUAUCUUUGAAAAAAGAAGGAGAAAGGCAGUGCUUCUUAUUUACAAAGCAUUUUUUAAUAUGUACAAGAAGUUCAGGAGGAAAACUGCAUCUGCUCAAGACAGGAGGUGUUCUGUCUUUAAUAGAGUGCACACUGGUUGAGGAGACAGAUGCAGCUGAUGAUGACUCAAAAAGUUCUGGACAGGUGUUUGGACACCUUGAUUUCAAGCUUGUAGUUGAACCUACGGAUGCUCCUUCUUUUACUGUUGUCCUCUUAGCCCCUUCACGUCAGGAGAAAGCUGCAUGGACAAGUGAUAUAAGUCAGUGCAUUGAUAACAUACGGUGCAAUGGUUUAAUGACCAUAGUUUUUGAAGAAAAUUCUAAAGUCACAGUGCCACAUAUGAUAAAGUCCGAUGCUCGUCUUCAUAGAGAUGACAUUGAUAUCUGCUUCAGCAAAACUCUGAAUUCCUGCAAAGUACCUCAAAUCCGUUAUGCAAGUGUUGAACGGCUUUUGGAGAGGCUAACAGACUUGCGAUUUCUAAGUAUUGAUUUCCUGAAUACUUUCCUACAUACUUACCGCAUAUUUACUACUGCAGCUGUUGUACUGGAAAAACUUUCAGACAUAUACAGACGGCCUUUCACUUCCAUUCCAGUCAGGUCUUUGGAGUUAUUUUUUGCUACCAAUCAAAAUAAUAGAGGAGAGUACCUAGCUGAUGGGAAGUCACCACAUCUCUGUCGCAAGUUUUCUUCUCCUCCUCCACUGUCACUUUCCAGAACUUCCUCACCUGUCAGAACUCGAAAAUUGUCAUUGACUUCACCACUGAAUUCGAGAAUUGGUGCCCUUGAUCUCACUACUUCAUCUGUGGCGAGCAGUCCUACCUCGACCUAUAGCCCGGCCACCUCUCCUCCACCAACAGGUAGCAAGGUACCUCUGGACCUUAGCAAAGGGCCCUCCUCUCCUGAGCAAAGCCCUGGCUCCAUAGAGGACAGCUUGGAGAAUCCUCGCAUUGACCUCUGUAACAAGCUGAGGAGAAGCAUUCGAAGAGCAGCAGUUCUAGAAUCUGUGUCAGUGGACAGGACUAUUCCUGAAAGCACCUCAGCAGUGGAUACUACAGAACUUUCCCCAUGUAGAUCCCCUUCAACUCCACGUCAUCUCCGCUAUCGUCAAUCAGGAGUACAAACUGCUGACAACAGUCACUGUGCCGUUUCUCCUGCUUCUGCUUUUGCUAUUGCCACAGCUGCAGCAGGGCAUGGGAGUCCACCAGGAUUUAACAAUUCUGAACGCAUGUGUGACAAAGAGUUCAUAAUACGCAGAGCAGCCACAAAUCGUGUCCUGAAUGUCUUGCGUCACUGGGUCUCCAAGCACUCUCAGGAUUUUGAGCUAAAUAAUGAACUGAAAAUGAAUGUGUUAAAUUUGCUGGAAGAAGUUUUAAGAGACCCCGACCUUCUACCACAAGAAAGGAAGGCUACUGCAAAUAUACUGAGGGCUCUUUCUCAGGAUGAUCAAGAUGAUAACCAUUUAAAAAUAGAGGAUAUAAUUCAAAUGUCAGAAUGCCCCAAACCAGAGUGCUUUGAGACUUUGUCAGCCAUGGAGCUUGCGGAGCAGAUAACUCUUCUAGACCACAUAGUUUUCAGAAGCAUACCCUAUGAAGAGUUUCUUGGGCAAGGCUGGAUGAAACUGGAUAAAAAUGAGAGAACACCCUAUAUUAUGAAAACUAGUCAACAUUUUAAUGAUAUGAGCAACCUUGUUGCUUCCCAAAUCAUGAAUUAUGCUGAUGUCAGCUCCCGGGCUAACUCAAUUGAAAAGUGGGUAGCAGUAGCUGACAUUUGUCGAUGUAUGCACAAUUAUAAUGGCGUAUUAGAAAUCACAUCAGCCUUGAACAGAAGUGCAAUCUACAGACUGAAGAAAACUUGGGCUAAAGUAUCCAAACAGGCAAAAGCCCUCAUGGACAAGCUUCAGAAGACUGUAUCAUCUGAAGGAAGAUUUAAAAAUCUUAGAGAAACACUCAAAAAUUGUAACCCACCUGCUGUUCCCUACCUUGGAAUGUACUUGACAGAUCUAGCAUUUAUUGAAGAAGGAACACCAAACUUCACUGAGGAAGGCCUCGUCAAUUUUUCCAAAAUGAGAAUGAUCUCGCAUAUUAUCAGGGAGAUACGCCAAUUCCAGCAGACCUCCUACCGCAUAGAGCAUCAGCAGAAGGUCACUCACUAUUUACUUGACAAGACACUCAUCAUAGAUGAAGAUACUUUGUAUGAGCUUUCCCUAAAGCUUGAACCCAGACUCCCUGCCUGAAGAUCCAGCUUUGCCUCAGAGUCUACAGAAAGCUUUAGUACAAUGAAAAAAAUUAUGCAUGCCAAAUCCUAAAGACAGCAAGGGAAAUAUUGAGAAGAAUGCAAGCUCUCUUUUCCAGUAAGAGAUACCGAACCUCACAGCAUUUCCCUCUCAGGCAACAAAAAUUUACUCUUGGACAUGGAAGACAAGGAUGCUUCAUAUCUGCAUUAAGUGAUUGCUACUUUGCAAAUAUAAUGUUUUGCAAUAGGGACUGUGCAUUUAGUUAAUGAGGCUUUCUUGUGAACUCACUGUACUCACUGUAGCCAUCUUAAUGUGACAGAUCAAGGAGACAGAUCUAAAUGAUGGUAAUAUACCCAGUUGAGAUACAUGAGCAAAAGGAAAUGGUUCUGAUGUGGUCUAGGUGGAUGGCUAACUAUGCGUUCACUGAGGCAGCAAUGGUACUGCCAUAUGGUGUCCUCAUAUGAUGUUAAAUUUAUUGAAAAUCAGGAUCUUAACAGUCAUCAAUGAGCCUGCAGUGACAUCAAGGUAGCAUCUAGUAUUUCUCUCCAGAUUUACAUUUCUAAAAGUUUAUUCAAUGCUACCCUUUAUAGAAUGUUACCUUCUUUAAAUGUCUUACCGGCCUUUUCUAAGGUGACUGAUUUUACACAUAAAUAAACUGUAAAUAUUUUUUCAUUAAUACUCAAUGAGAGUAUUUACAGCAUGAAAAAUAAAAUAGCUAGAUGAAUAGUUGUACGCAGUUGUCAGCCUUGCAAGCUUCAGGUGGGAAGUACAUGGUUAGGAGCUAUACCUAAGACUUGACAUCCAGUGAAUAGGAUGGCUAGUUGAGUUGCAACACAGUCCUGAAAAGGCACUUCAUUUUUCUGCACCUCCUGCAGAUUCCCUGACAAGACAGGCAACAGAGCACUUUCUGGACACACUGUGGAGAGAACUAUGUGUCUGGUCUGGCAACGGGUAGUGAUCAGCAAUGACCACUAGGAGUUAGAAUGAAUGUUUUGUUUUACAUGAAAUCAGUGAUUUUUUUUUUUUUUUUCCUUUCUUUUUUUUUUUUUUCAGUCAUUCAGUGCUGACUCAGCUCUAAAAUCAGUGGCAAACUUGGAAUGCCAGCAAAUACACACUAUACAUUUUCAUUUGAACUAGUGAUUAUCAUUUGCAUAUGGGCAUAUGUUUAAAGAAAAUGUGCUAAUUGUUACUGUUUCUAAGACCUAUGCUUUGUGACUUACCAGUAGAUAGAUUUAAUUUCUACAGCUAGUUGGUACUUCUUAAAUUUUUCUGAUCAUAAGUGGCCUGUUGUAGCUGCAUGGCAAGUGAGCUCAAAUGCAUGCUGUAAAGUACACCAUAAUAUAAAUGCAGAUACUAGCACUGUUGAAUAACUUGGCUGGAAUAGUGUCCUUACUUUUCCAAUGAUAUUCAGCCAGUUGAAGAAAUAGGGCUAUAUCACUGUAUACCUCCCUUAAAUUCUCUCAGGGAGACAGAAGUUUAAAAUAGAUUGUGACCUAGGCCUAUUUGAUCUGACAUUUUUUACCACAGUCAUGAUGCUUCUGAAAGCUGGCAAUGAAAAACAGAUCUGCCUGGCUUGUGGGUUUUGUCUUUAUUUGCACUUUAAUCAUAUUGUUAGCCCAGCCGAGAGCUGCACAAUAAAUUCCAUUCGUUCUCAGUGUAACUGCUAGCACUUAUAAAUGUACUUUAGCAACUGUACAUUUCAUUAAGGUUCUUCACCACAAGGACCAUCUCUUUGUAAAUAACUGCAUGAAUAAGCACCACAAAUACUGGAAAAUUCCUUAAUUAGAAAAGCAGACAGCAACAAAAAAGGAAAUUCCAGAAACAUUUUAAAUACUUCUGAUGAAUGACUGCUGUAGAAAUAAACACAGAAAACGUAUGGAAGCUUUUUAUUAUCAAAAAUGUGCUUGUUCUUUCAUUAAUGAGUGAUAGCAAGCUGAUUGCAUCCCAGUGCAUGAUAUGAAAGAAAAGCAUGGUUUAUUUGGACCACAAAACCAACAUAUUAUGUAUUUUCUGUUCAAAAAAAAACACAACACAAACAAACAUAUAUUAUAUGUCAGUUUCAUAAAAGACUUCAAAGUCAUGAAAAUAUGGGAGAAACGUGGUCCAAAAAGUGAUUUCUUAACUUGGUUUUAUUGUUUCUCUGUUAACACAGAAAAUGUGUAACAACUGUCAAUGUCAAUCGGGAUCUCUGUUGUAUGCUAUUAACUGCUGCUUUAUCUUCUUGUAUCCUGCUCUACCAAACUUCAUUGAUGUUUUUAGGUUUACAGGGUAUAGUUCUUCAUUUUACUCUGUUCAUGGUUUGUUAAUUUUUACUUUUUGUACAUAUAUCAGUUCUUCAGAGUUUAAGAGCAUUUAAUAUGUUUUAAUGCUUGCAAUACAAAGGGGUGGUGCUGUGCUAGUGCUACAGUACUCCAAAUGGACAUAUGCUAAGGUGAAGGAAUAGAGAUUUAUUUUUUUUCAAAGGUGCUGAGCAUCCUUAUAUUUAAAUCAGUAGUCAAUGUGUUCAGCUCCUCUGGAAAAGCAUAUACUAUUUAUAUGCCAAACAUUACCUCUUGGGUCAGUGGUGGACUUUAGAUUAGAAUCACUGGAGUGACUAAGGACUGGAUAUGUGUUCAGAACGAUAACAAAAAAGGUUAUUGUCACAGCAAUGUUUGAUUUGCUGAGAAGCAAUGUAUAAAUAUUUUUUGUACAUGGAUACAUUGUGUUCCUUAAAAUACAGGAACUGAGCAUACA